CGUCUCGAAAGACUGUACAAUUACGAAAUUGCCACCGUGAAAUGUGCUUGCGGCACGUGUACAGAAACAGCUGGUCGUUGGCUUGACCACAAAAGUAAAAGUGUGUUGUGUGUUUCUCUUUCUUCUCCACACGCCUACUACUUUCUUCUCUUCAAAGACCAAUUCAACACAGUAGCAGCUCAAUGGUCUUUCGAAACUUCUGGAAAUUCUGGUGGAAGAUCUCGCGAACUUUCCACUUGAGGAAAAGAAACGGAAACCGCUUUGGGCUGCAACGAGACCCAAAAGCCAUGGCCUCUGAUUACUAUUGAUGAAGGGGUUUAGGGGAAAAGGUCGGCCUGAUCGGUGAAAAAGUUGGUUUCAGAAGAUGUGGUGCGUCCCCUGCUGCUUCAAACCCUCCACUUCUGAGGAUCGUUUUGAUCCAGAAACUAGUCACGUCAUACAAGUUUCACAGCAUGAAGCUGAUAUUCAAAGAGCCAAACAGCUUUCUUUGGCCAAUUAUGAAGCUCAACAGCUUGAUUUGGCCACUCAUGAAGCUCAACAGCUUGAUUUGGCCAUUCAAGAAAUCUCUCGUCAAGAGGAGGAAGAGGAAAGAAGGCGCACCAGAGAGUUAGAAAAUGAUGCGCAGAUAGCAAAUGCUCUUCAAGACGAAGAAAGAGAAAGGCUGAUCAAUAAGAAAACUGCAUUGGAAGAUGAAGAAGACGAGCAGCUUGCUAAGAUUCUUGAAGCUGAACAGCUUGAUUUGGCCAUUCAAGAAUCCUCUCGUCUUCUUCAAGAGGAGGAAGAGGAAAGAAGGCGCACCAGAGAGUUAGAAACUGAUGCUCAGAUAGCAAAUGCUCUUCAAGACGAGGAAAGAGAAAGGCUGAUCAAUAAGAAAACUGCAUUGGAAGACGAAGAAAACGAGCAGCUUGCCAAGACUCUUGAGGAGAGUUUAAAGGAGAACAGCAGAAGAAAACUGUUUGAAGAACAAGUGAAGAAGGAUGAACAGCUUGCUCUGAUUGUUCAGGAGAGUCUGAACAUGGAAGAGUAUCCUACUCAAAUUGAAGAAUAUAAAAGUAUUUCUCCUAGAGCUCCGUCGGAUGUAGAUAAGCAGUUUAAUAAGGCUGUUAAGGAGAGUUUAAAGGACAAAGGCAAAAGAAAGCAAUUUGAAGACGAACGAGUGCAGAAUGAUAAACAGCAUGCUCUGAUGGUUCAGGUAGAGUCUCCUCCUCGACUUGAAGAAAAUAACAACAUUUCCACUAGAGCUCCUGUGGAUGAAGAUGUACAGCGGGUUUGGGAGAGUUUCAAGAGGAAUGGUCAAAUAGAGCAAUCCAAAGAUGAGGUGGAAGAAGAUGGAAAGCUCCCAAUGGUGAAUCCCCCUCCUAGCGUGCGUGGUGGUUGCAACUCGGUGAUCGAGCAUGGAAGAUCUGUGAAUGUCUCGGGUGCUCUUUUGCAUCCUGAAUGUUUAGUUUGUGAUGCUUGCAACAAACCAAUUGCUAUCCAGGAGAUUAAAAACUAUGUUUCUAACUCAAGAGGCAAAUUUCACAAAUCCUGUUAUAACCGGUACUGCUAUAUCUGCAAAGGGAAGGUCAGAAGAAAUUUUGGUAAACAUCCGUUCUGGGAGGAAUUAUACUGCCUUGCUCAUGAAACUGACGGAACCCACAAGUGUUGCAGUUGCGAACGGUUAGAGCCUCAGGGAACGAACUUUGUAACGCUUGGUGAUGGUCGAUUUCUAUGCUUGGAGUGUAUGGAUUCUGCCGUUAUGGAUUCUGAUGAAUGCCAGCCUCUGCAUUUUGACAUGCGUGAUUUCUUCGAAGGCUUAAACAUGAAGAUUGAGAAAGAAUUUCCUUUUCUUUUGGUGGAAAAACAAGCGCUGAAUAAAGCUGAGAAGGAAGAGAAAAUACAGGACUACCAGUAUGAGGUGGUCACCAGAGGUAUUUGCCUGUCUGAAGCACAGACUGUCGAUAGUGUCUCACAAAGGCCAAUCAUGGGGCCGAACAACAAGCUAAUAGGCAUGGCUACAGAACCUCAAAGGGUAACUCGUGAGUGCGAGGUCACUGCGAUUCUCAUCCUAUAUGGACUUCCUAGGUUACUAACAGGAUAUAUCUUGGCUCAUGAGAUGAUGCAUGCUUAUCUUAGGCUCAAUGGACAUAGGAACCUGAACAAUAUUUUGGAAGAAGGACUAUGCCAAGUGCUAGGUCACUUGUGGUUGGAGUCUCAGACAUACGCCACUGCUGAUGCCACGGCAGAUGCAUCAUCAGCUUCUUCUUCUUCCCGCACUCCUCCAGCUGCUAGUGCGUCAAAGAAAGGUGAGUGGUCUGACUUCGAGAAGAAACUGGUGGAGUUUUGCAAGAAUCAGAUAGAAACCGAUGAUUCACCUGUCUACGGUGUCGGAUUCAGGACAGUUAACGAGAUGGUGACAAAUUCCAGCCUUCAGGAAACCCUCAAAGAGAUUCUUCGCCGGGGUUGAAGACGAUCCCAGAUUCAAAUUUUUGAAUUUGCCAUACAAGACACGUCGACACAUACAUACCAUAUACAUAUAUACACAGACAGAAGUAUCACUUUUUUUCGGCGUUUCCUUCUUUUGGUGUGUUCUUUUAUUUAUUUUGGGAUUGCUGCUUCUUUGUUAUGUGUGUAAGCUCUUUGUUAUUCAAUUUCCCGUAAAGUUGGAACCUUUAGAGGAGGAUCUUGCGUUAAGCAGCUUUUCGGAUUCAGUUCUUGCGGUGGUCCAUUCCCCGCUAAAACUAAA